GGGAAUCGCGUCUGCCCCGCGACUUGCUAAGCCACACCACUAGCAGCUGCCAUAGCUGAUAGCUUCCAUCUGAGUGUAGCUUCCUUAGCUAUCAUCAUCAUGCCCGAAAUCUGCGCCUGCAUUUCUACAGGUACCUAUUAACCAUUACCCAAUUCACUUUUCUCUCUCUUUAGUACAUCUAAUCAUCACAGCAUAAUACAACGUCUUUCUAAUCCUGCUCGCAUUUUUGCAAUCCCUGGACUGAACAAUUGAUCAUUGGAGAAUAGCAGGCACAAGCAAUCAUUAUCCGGUUAUCAUAGAUUCUUGAUUCUAUAUUGCACCAUUAGAACGGACGGGGCCUUUGAUAGGCUAGCUUGUUCACACCAGGCCUGAAGAAUAUACAACGAAACUACCAUAUCUAGAUCGACCUUGUAUCAGCCUGCGGCCAUAAGCUAUUAAUACAAUGCCCCCGAAACGGAAGUCCAAAGCUUUCUUAGCCGAGGUCUCGACGCCUAAGGCUUCCGUAGCACCAGCGCAAGAUGAAGAUGCGAUGGAUAUCGAUACCCCUGGGAAGGCUUCCGAGACGCCUCGUGCCACGGAUACACCUGUCGCCGCAAAACCAAACCAGCCAACAGAGUCUGAAGUCCUCGGCGACCCCUGGACCGAAGAUCAAAUUUCGUCGCUGUUCAAAGCCAUCAUCAAAUGGAAGCCCUCCGGCGUGCACAAGCAUUUCCGCAUGAUUGCUAUAUCUGAGCGUUUACGCAACCACGGGUUUGACCCUGACGUCGAAACGCACACGCGAAUACCAGGUAUCUGGACGAAGCUCCGCCAGUUCUUCGACAUGGAGAUGAUCGACGAGCGCGACAACUCCUUUGACUACGUUAAGUCGCUAGGCGGGGAUGAGGCGCCCGAGGAGAUCUACAACGACUUCGAUCUGCCACCCAACGACUUCCACGACCUCAUGUGGGCGCGCGCCGCAGCCGACGAGAACGAGCCAGACAACUGGAGCGAUACGGACGCGGAAGCAGGCUCUUACGGCGGCGCUACAAGGAAAGGGAUGCGCAAGCGCAAGCGAGGCGACACCGCCACAGAUGCCGCUAGUGUCGCGGGUAGUGCCACGGCCAAGACGAGGCGAUCUAGCACGAUCGACUAUACGGACCGCGACACGCCGGUUGCCAGUAGUCCUGUGACCCGGAGCGCGCGGAGAGCGCGGAGCCAGAAGCGCGCCGCGGCCAAGGCGAAGACGGAGAGCAGCGCUAAGUCAGAGGAGUCCGAACACGACGCUGAAGAGGACGAGGCAGACGAGGACGAGGACGAGGACGAAGACGAAGAAGGAAAAGGAGAAGAAGAAGCCGAAGACAACAACGACGAAAAUAGUAGUAGCGAAGAAGAGCACGAAGAGGAGGAGGCCGAGGCCCCUCCCACGCGAUCGGGUCGCGGUGGGAGCACGCGCGGCAGAGGUCGCGGUCGCGGGCGUCCCAAGGGAGGGCGCAAGAAAAACUGAACGCUAUUGAGAUAUCCUAUGAUUUUCUCUGUUUCAGGCACUGACGCUGUAAGGCAGGAACCAGAGGUGACAUCAUCAGUAGA